AUGUGGUCGUGGUCUCCGAUAAUCACUUUUUUAUGGCUUGUAGAGUUGGUACGCCCAUUAUGGCACGUGGAUGUUCACAGAGUGAAACCCGUCGUCACGAUCAGAAAUGGAACCCUGCUUGGUGUACACAAUGCCCGGUACCAUCAGGACUUCUUCCUUGGAAUUCCAUAUGCUCAGCCUCCAGUCGGGGGCUUUCGAUACGAGCACCCACAGUCGCUGAACGAGUCGUGGGAAGUCCCGAAGCAGGCUGAUUCUUACGGAUUUUGGUGUCACUCCGCGCCUCUCUCUCUCCCAGGCUACACACAGAAUGGGUUUCACCAUGAAGAAGAUGAAGACUGUUUGACUCUAAAUGUUGUCCGCCCUUCAGGAGUGACUCCCACCUCUCACCUUCCCGUUCUUGUGUACAUCUAUGGAGGUGGAUUACAAGAAGGGGGUAGCGCAGACCAGCGGUACAAUAUGUCUUUUCUUGUACAAGAGUCCGUCAAAAUGGGCAGUCCCACGAUCGGAGUUAGUUUCAACUAUCGAGUCUCUGGAUUUGGAUUUCUGUCCGGUCGCGCGUUCAAGGACUCGGGCCUCGCAAACCUUGGCUUAUACGACCAACGGAAGGCACUACACUGGAUCCAAGAGAAUAUUGCCGCGUUCGGGGGAGACCCUACGCGUGUCACGAUUCAAGGAGAGUCCAGCGGAGCUUUAUCCGUUGGAUACCAUCUUCUGGCGUACGAUGGUCGUGAUGAUGGACUUUUCCGAGCUGCGAUCACUCAGAGUGGCGCUCCCCUUAGUUCAGCAGCGCUCAUCCCGCUGGACGAACAGGAGCAGAUGUAUCAGGAUGUUCUCGAUGCUACUGGGUGUGCUACUGCAAUCGAGGCCAUUGACUGCCUACGACGAGCACCAGUGGAAGCGCUUAAGGCUGCAUUCCAGCAAAGAUUCUUUUUUCCUGUUAUGGAUGGAAAAUUCAUCACCGACUUUCCCUCAAACGCGCUCAAGCAGGGAAGGUUUGUGCAAGUGCCAUUGCUCAUCGGGUCCAACUUAAACGAAGGGACAGGGUACAUCGCUUCAGGUAUGUUCGGUCCUGUCAACUCACCGACCGAUUUGAGAGCUGUGAUCACCGGGUUCGGAGCUGGGAAGUAUCUUACCAACGACACCCUCAACGAGAUAGUGGAUAGGUAUCUUCAGUUACCUAUCCGUGAAGUCCGCGCUGACUUGGGGACUGUUCUCAUCUCCCCUAGUUCUCAUUACGGCUCCAUGUAUGGAUAUAGCACGCUCUACAUUGGUGACUACCUUGUCAACGCCCCCAAGCGGUAUAGUGCUCAAAUGUGGGCGGCACACGGGACGCCUGUCUAUAGCUAUCUCUUUGCCGUUGUCCCUAAUGGCUUAACCCCUCGGGUCCUCGGUGCUGCUCACUUCCAGGAGGUUGCCUUCGUGUUCAGGAACUCUGCCGGAGUGGGGUUUACAUCUCCUCCCCUCCGUUCAUUUGAUAGCCAAACUGAGCGCCGACUACAAGAUGUUAGCCACCAGAUGACCCGUAUGUGGCUAAGUUUUGUAGGCACGUUAUCUCCGAACAAUCACCAGAGUAGGUUACUUUGCUGCUUCUCCCAGCCAGAUUACUCACUACAUGUAGUGCCAGAUUUCAAGACACAAUGGCCAGUAUAUCAGAAAGGCUGGGGCGCAAAUUUGGUGUUCCGUCUUGCAAGUACAACGGUGGAGCCUGACACCUGGCGGUCGGGGAUUAUCCAACGUCUCAUUGCCGCCUUUGACGAGUAUAAGUUCUAAUUCAAGAGCUGUGGUAGAUUGUGGCCGUCAUUGCCGCAGAUCUGGAGAAGGGACGAGAAAUGACCUUGGUCUGAGGUGACAGUGAUUGGUUGGUGAAGU